AACGUUAUCGUUCCAGGGAAAAAAACACGCACAACACAACCCACACAAACCAACGAUUAUAGAGAGAGAGAGAGAGAGAGAAAUGGGUAACGCCGUUGGACGGAGUAGGAAAGCGAAGGUGAUGAAAGUAGACGGAGAGACGUUCAAGCUGAAAACGCCGGCGAGGGUGGAUGACGUCGUCAAGGACCACCCGGGUCAUGUGCUGUUGGAUUCGGAGGCGGUUAAGCAUUUCGGAGUUCGGGCCAAACCGCUGGAGCCCCAUCAGGAGCUGAAGCCCAAGAGAAUCUACUUCCUCGUGGAGCUACCCAAGGCUCAGCCUCCGGCGGAGCCUCAGCUGGCCAGGAGGGUCCGAUCCAGCGGGAUUCGGGGUAUGAAUGCUAAGGAUAGGCUCGACUUCUUGAUGCUUUCCAAGCGAUCGGUCUCCGAUAUCACGUUUGCUAACAAGCAGCUGCCGCCCGUCGGCCGACUGGAUGGGUCCGGGGCCGACGGCGAGCCAAUAAGAGUCAAAAUGAGGCUUCCCAAGGCCCAGCUGGAGAAGCUCAUGGAGGAGAGUGACGACAGAGCUCAGGUCGCCGAGAAGAUCAUCAAAUUGUACAUGGCCAAUAAUGCCACCGAGGCCGGUGGCGUCGCCGUCGAAGCCAAGCCUGAGCUGGGUGCCAAAAAAGAGGCUCAAAAGCCGCGAGGGAAGCGGGUGAGUUUCAGUCCAAUGGAAGGGGAAAUACGCGUGGAAGCAGCUUCUCAAUAGUAUUUGGUUCUCGAACAUUUGUAUUUAUAGCAGUAGCAGCACAGAGGAGCGGUCUCUCUGUUUUGGAGCUUCAGAAGUGACUGAAUUUUGUUAUGAAAUGUUGUUAUAGCUUAAUUCAGUUUUCAGAGCAAAUUAACUGUAUUAUAGGCGUUUAGAGUUAGCUUCAGAAUUCAAAUCAAGCAUGGCUUCACGGCUCGAUUUGAUUGCUUGUAGUAGAUCCUUGUGAGUAAGUAGGAUUAAUGGAUCACAGUUGUUUGAAGCUGCAAACUUGGUUUCA